AUGCGACAGCGUCGUUGGAUUGAAUUGCUGAACGAUUAUGAGUGUGCCAUCAAGUAUCAUCCGGGUAAAGCUAACGUCGUAGCUGAUGCUCUUAGCCGCAAGGAGCCGAAGCCUAAGCAUGUUCGCGCUCUACAGCUUACUAUUCACUCUGGUUUACCUGCUCAAAUUCGUUCUGCUCAGAUCGAGGCAUUGAAGGAAGUAAACAUCGAGGCUGAGUAUUUGCGGGGCAAGGAAAAACGACUUGAGAAGAGGUCUGAUGGUAUUUAUUACUUUAUGGAGCGGGAUAGGCAUGUGGCUAAGGUAUCAUGGGUGGUGAUGAUUAACUGUGGGAAUGAUCAUGUGGGUCGGUUCACUGUGAUCAAGCAUUAG